AUGGCGAUAAGAACUGUGGAUUUUCGAUCAGACACAGUUACUAAACCAACUGAAUCCAUGCGUAACGCAAUGGCCAAUGCAGAAGUAGAUGAUGAUGUCUUAGGUUAUGAUCCAACGGCCCAACGCCUCGAGGCAGAGAUGGCAAGAAUCAUGGGCAAAGAAGCAGGGCUAUUUGUUCCUUCAGGAACUAUGGGGAAUCUUAUUUGCUUGCUUACUCAUUGCCAAAUUAGGGGUAGUGAAGUAAUUCUUGGUGAUAAUUCACAUAUUCAUGUAUAUGAAAAUGGAGGGAUUUCUACAAUUGGAGGCGUUCAUCCCAGGACAGUGAAGAACAAUGAAGAUGGAACAAUGGAUGUUGAUCUGAUUGAAGCUGCAAUUCGUGAUUCUAGCUUUGAAAUACUUUAUCCAACCACUAGGCUCAUCUGCUUAGAGAAUUCACAUGCACGAUCGGGAGGUAGAUGCCUUACUGUAGAGUAUACAGACAAAGUUGGAGAGUUAGCAAAGAAAUAUGGUCUGAAGCUGCAUAUUGAUGGCGCUCGUAUAUUCAAUGCAUCAGUUGCACUUGGUGUGCCCGUUCACAGGCUUGUACAAGCUGCUGAUUCAGUUUCGGCAUGCUUAUCGAAAGGUCUUGGUGCUCCAGCUGGAUCUGUGAUUGUUGGUUCAAAGAGCUUCAUUGCCCGGGCAAAAAUUCUGAGGAAGACUCUAGGUGGAGGAAUGCGACAGAUUGGUGUCUUGUGUACUGCUGCUUCUGUCGCUUUACAAGAAAAUCUUGUUAAGUUGGAAGGAGACCACAGAAAGGCUAAAAUUUUAGCAGAGGAACUAAACAAAAUCAAAGGGCUAAAAGUUGAUACUGCUACUGUAGAUACCAACAUUGUAUAUUGUCAUAUACUAAAAGAGUCCAAGAUCAAUAGAACAUAUUUGUGUAAGAUUUUGGAACAACAUGGUAUACUUGUACUACCAGAAGGGCCAAUGAG